AUUCGGAAGGAAAUUGAGGAACACGUGAGGCAGUUAGUGAGACCGAGCUGCAAACCGAGCGGAACCUCUGGAUUCGGUGUGGUAAUGUUUCUCCAGUAUUACCUCAACGAUCAGGGAGACCGGGUUUAUACACUGAAGAAACUUGACCCUAUGGGACAACAGACCUGUUCGGCCCAUCCUGCUCGAUUCUCCCCGGACGACAAAUACUCUCGACACCGAAUCACUGUCAAGAAACGCUUCAAGGUGCUCAUGACCCAGCAGCCGCGUCCUGUUCUCUGAGGGCCCCUUACGUUUCAUGCCUCGAUGCCGCCUGCUGCCCCUCAGAGAUAACGAAACCAGGCUCUUCAGUCUGUCAGCCUUGAAGCCUUCUUACCGCCCUUGCUCUUUGUAAUCCGGUCUCAUCACUGCAUUUGAUCAUGCUUUUGUGAGGCAAUCGCAGUAGCAUCCCUCUUCAAGGGAACAAGAUCGAAUCUUUUCUUAUUUUGAAUCACUGCCCGGUUAUUAAAAUGAUUUGAGAGA